GCAGUAACGACUUCCCGGUUACAGAGAGAACGGACGCCGGGUUUUCAACGCAUAAGCAUUUUUGAUUAGGUUUGCGGAUAAUGCUACCAUCAGCUGACUUUUUAUAAAACAAAAAGGUCAGCAGGCUACGCACAGUUUGUUAUUUUAUAUCGUGUAUCUAGCUGAGUUGGCUAUUAUUAACUACUUCCUGGUUGGAAUCGCAGCCAUUUUGGAUUUUGUACUGAGAAACAACUAGCCGGCCGUCUAAGCUAGCCAUCGCUGCCGUUUCCACAUCAUCAUAUCAAACCUCCCCACGAGACGGCAACACAGUUUUCAACAAGUCCACAAUGAAUCCCGAAUAUGACUAUUUAUUCAAACUGCUCCUAAUUGGUGACUCUGGUGUUGGAAAAUCCUGUCUCCUGCUCCGAUUUGCGGACGAUACAUACACAGAAAGCUACAUCAGCACAAUUGGUGUGGACUUCAAAAUACGGACCAUAGAACUAGAUGGAAAGACCAUAAAACUUCAGAUUUGGGAUACAGCAGGUCAAGAAAGGUUUCGUACCAUCACUUCCAGUUACUACCGAGGCGCUCACGGUAUCAUUGUAGUGUAUGAUGUCACAGAUCAGGAGUCCUUCAACAAUGUCAAACAAUGGCUACAGGAGAUUGACCGCUAUGCCAGUGAAAAUGUCAACAAGUUGUUGGUCGGCAACAAGUGUGACCUGACGACAAAGAAGGUGGUGGAUUACACAACAGCAAAGGAGUUCGCUGACUCUCUGGGUAUCCCGUUCUUGGAAACCAGUGCCAAGAAUGCCACAAAUGUGGAGCAGGCCUUCAUGACCAUGGCUGCAGAAAUUAAAAAGAGAAUGGGCCCUGGGGCCGCAGCCGGUGGUGGCGAGAAGCCCAAUGUGAAGCUGACACCUGGCACUACCGUCAAGCCUUCAUCGGGAGGUUGCUGCUGAGAACCAAACGACAGCCCCUCCCGCUCACCUGCCCUCGAUUCUGCAGGCCCGUGCGCCUGGCUGCCAUCUUCCUUGAAACUCAAGACCACAAUCCGACAGGGUAGGGCUGACACGAGUCACAUGUUUAUGUGAGAACAAGAUGAAGUUGCCUGUAUUUGUACAAUAAUGUAGCACACUACCAAAAACAAAUAAAGCAUUCGUCUUGUCACCCUAUGCUGGUAUUGAUGACAAAUUGUACAAAAGGUGAUCAUUUCACCUUACCUGGCCCAAUCACCUUUGUCGCUGUCUGCUGAGCGUCAUUUCAUUAAUGAGAAUUUUGUGUAUGUGUGCGUGUGUGUAUCACUGCAUUCCAUUUGGGGUUUGGUAACAAUCUGUUUCAUGAAGUCUUCUUUUUUUUUGUAUGCCCCCUUUUCUCUUGUUUCGGCUUCCUUUUAGUAAUUUCAUUCCUAGUGUGUUCUCUCUUGAUAUGAAGGGUUUUUUUUUUGUUUUUAAUUCAGUAGCCACAGAAAUGUCUCACCAUUCAACAUUUCAGCUGUAAUACUUAUCGACCUAAACAAGUGUAAAUGAAAACACACACAGAAAAAAAAAAAACUCUUACCUACUUGUGCAGGUGUGUGUCUACAUGUAAAUCUCCCUCAACUUGGGUCCUCGAACAGAAUGUUGGGAGAUUGAGAAAAUUGCACAGUAUCUUCAUUGUUCGUAGUAGGAGUUGAGGUAACACUAGUCGACAAGGCCCCAGAUAUUUGACAGAACCCUCAAACUUGCCACUCGGAGAGGACCUGUGCCCGAAGAAGUCACAUCGAUCCCUUGGGUGAGAGGGAGAUUGUUUUUCUAUGUGUGUCUAUGUAUCCAUCUCUCUCUCUCACACACACACGCACACAUUACUUAGACUAUAUGUCAGAUCUCAUGUCCAUUUAAUAGUCCUCAAUGCAUUAAGAUUGUCUUGAUUCAACGUGUAAUACUUAAACUGAAAAUAAAUAUUGUACUCCCAGACUGUAUAAAAAUGAAAAAAGAUCCGUAUGUGAUUCUUGCUGAGAUGCAUUGUAAAGAAUAUACACAAAACAAUUAUUUAUUCUACAUUUGGGGAAAUUUGACAGUUACAUAAGAGAAAUGUUUGCAAACUGUUGUGUAUUGUGGUAAGUGCAGAGUUGCAUAUAAAUACAAUGUUCUCUUGUUUUCAUAAUAAAGGCAACUGAAUUCAGUUUGAAAGACGC